AUGGAUAUGGAGUUCAUGUCCCAAGGAGAGAGACGAUGGUCACAGCUCGGCAAGGAACAACGGCAGCACCACGACGAGAUCUCGGUAGGGGCAGCAACAAUUGAGAAGCCGAAAACCACGGCUGCUAUGGCUUCCGAUAACAGCCAACGUAUCUCCAUCGGAUCAUGGCUUCACCCUAAGAUCGAGCUGCAACAAUGGUGGUGA